CUUACGUUAAAUAAAAAUAUAUAAAUUGGAAGUGGGGAUGGGAGUCAUCCCUGGAGGAAGAAGUCGAGAAGGGAGGGCAUCGACGAAUGCUCGCCCGCUCCAUAACAAGAAGUCGAUCAUAUUACUUAAGGGUUCCGUUUAUUCUUCUCCCCCUUCUUGGUUCGUACAUAUAUUUUGCUAGGUGGGGAUACAGAAAUAGAUAGACAGGAGAGAGAGCGCGAGAGAGCAAGCGGAGGAGGGCGAAGGGAGCGGGCGAGAGAUGGGGGUGAUAUCGCUGGAUGGGGUUCGGGACAAGAACGUGAUGCAGCUCAAGAAGCUCAACACCGCUCUCUUCCCCGUUCGCUACAACGACAAAUACUACGCCGACGCCCUCUCCUCCGGCGAGUUCACCAAGCUCGCUUAUUACAGUGACAUAUGUGUUGGUUCAAUUGCAUGUCGCCUUGAGAAAAAGGAAGGAGGGGCCAUUCGUGUUUACAUUAUGACAUUGGGAGUUUUGGCGCCAUACCGUGGCCUAGGAAUUGGUACAAAGUUGUUAACUCAUGUAUUAGAUCUUUCUGCCAAGCAGAACAUAUCAGAGAUCUACUUGCAUGUGCAGACAAACAACGAUGAUGCCAUUGGCUUCUAUAAGAAGUUUGGGUUUGAAAUCACAGAUACGAUACAGAACUACUAUACAAACAUCACUCCACCUGAUUGCUAUGUUCUCAGUAAGAUUAUUGCUCAGGUUCAUCCAAAGAAAUGAGUGACUUUUUAUGUUUAUUUUGUAAAAUGCCCAGAGGUCAAACAAUUUGGCUUUGAGGUUCAGGAGAUUGAAAUGAUAUGCAGCUCGAGUUACUUUUCCAAUCAUGAGUUGGCAGAUUGAGAUACCAUGCAUUUACAUCAUCUUGCUGUUACCAUUUCUGAGCACUCUUUUGUGGCUGUCUGAUUUUUUUAAAUUUAAAACAAUGUUGGUUGCAACCACCAUUCCCAAAUUCCGGCUACUUACGUGUUUCAUAUUUAUUUUAAUGGUGCUGAUGUAUCUUGUACUUUAUAUUUCUAUCAAAAUGAUAUUGUGAACCUUUGAUCA